AUGCCUACUGCCGAAGAACUCCUCAAGGUUGCCGGAUCUCCGGAUCAUCCAUCUCGAAAGAAAGUACUCCCAAGGUAUUCACCAACAAUUGGCGAUAGACUUCCUCCGGCUGCUCGAAAACUCUUUGAAGAGUACAGCAAUAUCCCACCUUCUGAAGUCGAAUCACACAUCUACAAAAUUCGCGAUCUUGCUUGGGAUGUCUUUCCAUGGGCAUGUAUCGGCGAAUUCUGGUUCAUAAUAUUCGGUCUUUCACGACAUCCACAGUAUCAACUACUAAUUCGGCUUCUUACUUCCAAAGACGCUACCCAAACGUCCGAAGAUCCUCCAAAGUUUCUCGAUAUUGGAACCUGCAUUGGCCAAGAUCUGCGAGCUUUACAUAGAGACGGUGUACCUCUGUUUGUUCUUUAUGGCACAGAUGCCAUUCCACAAUUCGAAACUAUCGGGCAUGCACUAUUCAAAGAUGAGGAUCGUUUCUUGCCUGAUCACUAUAUCGUUGGAGAUAUCUUCAAUCUUACACCAUCUUUAGCCAAAAAUGCCGGCACUUGGUCUGCUGUGAAUAUGAUUAUGUUCUUGCAUCUUUUCAAUAUUCCAGAUGCAGAGCAGGUCUGUACCAAUGCCUUAAAGUUGUUACGCCCAAAAGCGGGGUCUCUCAUCACUGGUGCUCAAACCGGGACCACGCAGCCUGGUGAACUUGUGCUCAAGCCACCAAUGUGUGAGCCUGGAGAACAUAAGACAAUUUACCGGCACAGCGCAGAAACAUUGGUCGAAUUUUGGCAAAGAGUUUCGGCGAAGUUGAACAUCCGCGUCAAAGCUACUGCGGAAUAUGAUGAGGAAGAAAUCAAAGAAAGAGAGCGUGGCGUUCGAGAUAACCCAGACUGGGAGAAAAGCAACAGGUCAUUCGUGGGCAAUUCUGAAAGACGAAUCUACUUCAUGUUAGAGCUCCUUUGA